GAAUACGAUUUGAAAAUCCUGAAUCGUUGGAGAAGGGUGAAAGAUAUGUUGUAGCGCAAAUUUCUUCUAUCGGAUUCUGGGUAACUCUUCAUCUUUUCAAUUCAAAGCUUCUUUCUUUUUUUUUCAAUCUUUUCAAUUCAAUUUCAAUUUCAAUUUCAUUUCGAUUACAAUUGAAUCUAAAUAAAAUAAAGUGGAACUGAAUACAAAGGCCAUGAAUUUCAUCCGCAAUUCCACGGCCAAGCUUUCUUCAAGAUUCCUGGACCCGAGAAACACAUUGUUCUUGGGGUCUAGACAUUCAUCUAAUCCCUCUUGUUAUGAGCAUGAGUUUUUCUGCAAGGGCAAAGCUUUUCUAUUGAAUUCCAAUAAAAACUCUCAAUUCCACGCCUACCCUUCGCGGUUCUUGGGAUUUCAACGCCCUAUCAAAAAUGCCCAGAAGUCGAAUUGCGUCCCAAGUUCCGUUUUUGCCCAACACAGGGCGAUUUCAAUGCCUUACGGUUUAUUUGUGGAUGACACGGUAGCAUCAAACGUAAGAUAUCUCUCAACGUCGGUUGAAACCAACAGAAACGACAGUACUUUCGAGAGAAUUCACAUACAGAACAGCAUUUCUGUGAAACCCAAGAACCUUGCAGGAGAAGAAACUCCACUAGAUGAAGACAGAAACAAAGUGAAGAACACUGUGAAAGGUCUGGAGGAGGGAAAAGGUGGAGUUUCAAUCGAUAGCGAUAUCGAGAAGGAGGGGUGGAAUUUGUUGAGAGAUGCAGUCGUUAAGUAUUGUGGAUACCCUAUUGGUACAGUGGCUGCAAAUGAUCCAUGUGAUAAGAUGCCUUUGAAUUACGAUCAGGUGUUCAUUCGUGAUUUCGUGCCUUCGGCUUUGGCCUUCUUGCUUAAAGGCGAAGGAGAGAUUGUCAAGAAUUUUCUCCUACAUACCUUGCAGUUGCAGAGUUGGGAGAAAACUGUCGAUUGCUAUAGUCCUGGACAGGGGUUGAUGCCAGCAAGUUUUAAGGUUAGAAGUGUACCAAUUGAUGACAAUAAGUUUGAGGAAGUACUAGAUCCAGAUUUUGGAGAAGCAGCUAUUGGUCGUGUUGCACCGGUGGACUCUGGAUUGUGGUGGAUUAUUUUGUUGAGGGCAUAUGGGAAGAUCACUGGUGAUUAUUCAUUGCAAGAGAGAGUGGAUGUCCAAACAGGAAUGAAACUGAUCCUCAACUUGUGUUUAGCUGAUGGAUUUGAUAUGUUUCCUUCCCUGUUAGUCACUGAUGGAUCAUGCAUGAUAGACAGAAGGAUGGGUAUUCAUGGUCAUCCCCUUGAGAUCCAAGCUCUGUUUUAUGCCGCUCUACGUUCUUCUCGUGAGAUUCUCACAAGCGAAGGUUCCAAUAAUCUGGUGAGGGCUAUAAACAAUAGACUGAAUGCACUAUCAUUCCACAUCAGAGAAUACUAUUGGGUUGACAUGAAAAAGAUCAAUGAGAUAUACCGUUACAAAACAGAAGAGUACUCCAUGGAUGCUACCAACAAAUUCAAUAUUUACCCUGAGCAAAUUCCUUCCUGGCUUAUGGAUUGGAUACCCGAAAAAGGUGGAUAUCUAAUCGGCAACCUACAGCCAGCUCACAUGGAUUUUAGGUUCUUCACACUUGGGAAUCUCUGGUCCAUUGUUUCAUCACUCGGCACUCCGAGACAGAAUGAAGCUAUUCUGAACUUAAUUGAAUACAAAUGGAAUGACAUUGUGGGGCACAUGCCUCUCAAGAUAUGCUAUCCUGCAGUAGAGAAUGAAGAGUGGCGCAUAAUUACCGGAUGCGAUCCAAAGAAUACCCCUUGGUCAUAUCAUAAUGGUGGAUCUUGGCCAACACUUCUCUGGCAGUUCACUUUGGCCUGCGUCAAGAUGGGCAGAUUAGAGCUAGCCCAAAAGGCGAUUGCUUUGGCAGAGAAGAGGCUUUCAAGAGACCAUUGGCCUGAAUACUACGACACCCGGAGUGGGAAGUUCAUCGGAAAGCAAUCUCGACUCUACCAGACAUGGACUAUUGCCGGUUUCCUGACCUCUAAAAUGAUGGUGAAGAACCCAGAGAUGGCUUCCUUGUUAUUCUGGGAGGAAGACUUGGAUCUUCUCGAGAUCUGCGUCUGUGCACUUAGCAAAAGCGGCCGGGUAAGAUGUUCUCGCGGUGCUGCUAAAUCUCAGAUACUUGUGUAAUUCAACAGGAAGGUGGAGAGCCUUGUUACUGUACAGUCAGGAGUUCAGGGUGGAGUAUGAUAUUUAGUGUGAUAACCAAUACUCAAAUCAUUGAGAAAAGUUCAGCAUACAAGUUUCUGUUAAAAACAAGUGUACCAUAUUACAUACCUUGUUUCUCCGAUCAAAUUCAGAUAACACGCGACUUUCAUAUUGUUAAAAAAUUUAUUUAUCACUUUUGCUUC